UUCAGAGCAUGUAAACAUAGUUAGAUUCUGAUCAUGUUAAAAAGACUACUGCAAACAAAUAAUAAUGUUUUCUUUUCAUCGCGGCGAUUUUUUCAAGCUUUAUACGUUAGUAAUAAAAAUAUUAAGAAAAAUGUGAGAAUUUUAACACCAAUUUUAGAUUUUAAACAUCGUUUCACGAAUCCAAAAGUAUUAGCAGAUAAUUUAAAACGUCGUGGACUUUCUGAUCAAUUCAACAUCGACGAUUUACUUGCUCAGUGGGAAAUUCACAGUCAUAUCAAAGCAAAAAAAGAUGAAAUUGAAUGUCUUUUAGAAGAAACGUCAAAACAUUUGAAAGAAGCAAAAAAAGGGAAAACACUACAAAAGCGAGAAGAUGAAAAACGAAAAUACACAUUGGAAUUGGAGACACUCCGAACCGAUAUGCAACAUUGUACCAACAGCCUAGAUGAAAUUGAAUUGAAAUUUGUAAAUAAAUUUCUAUCCUUACCAAAUGAGCUCAGUAACAAAACACCGCAAGAGGCACAAGUGAUUUUGAGUUUUGGCUCAAUAACACAAGACGAAUGUGCCCAUCAUUUGGUCUACGACAAUGUCAUUGAAUACUUUAAUAACACGACCUAUUAUCUAAAAGGUGACGCCGCUAAAUUCGAUCAUCAAUUUGCCGAAUAUUGUCUCAAUUAUUUUCGAAAGCAUGGAUUCGUGGAUUUCGGCAAUCCAGAUUUUGCCAAAACAAUUUUGGUGGAAGGAAUGGCAUUGCCAUUAAAAAAAUUAUUUGAAGUACCACAUGAACUCAAUGUACAUCAUACGAAUUUAACGCAUUUGGUGGGCAAUAGUUCAAUGUUAAGUUUUUUGGGAUAUUUAACUCAAUUACUAGUUUGGUCAUCAUAUCUACCAAUCCAAUGGAUUUCAGCGGGACAAACAUAUAUUCGAAUCGAUCACGAUAAAUUAAGUUUAUACAAUGUCUGUCAAACGAGCAAUGUACAAAUAUUCCAAGCCGGCACUGAGGAACAGAUGCUUGAAAAAUUCAACGAAACAUUGAAGUUGAUUGAACAACUUUUUCAAAAACUUGAUACACAUUUUCGAAUCGUGUACACACCCGCAAAAGACCUUAAUCUUGCCGAAUGUUUAUCAGCUAAAAUAGAAAUGUUUUCACCACACCUCAAACGAUACAUUGAAGUCGGCAACCUUACUCAUUAUAGUGAUUAUAUUAGCAAACGUUUACUUUUCUCUUAUGUAAAAGAUAGAAAAGCGAAUGAAAUUGAUUUUCCACACAUUGUCAGUGGAACUGUAUGUAAUUUAACAAGAACUUUGGCCAUCAUUUUAGAAACUUACAAUGGAACGGUACCAAAAAAUGUAUUUGAUAAAUUUUCCUAAUUUAAGUAUUAUGAAAUGAAGAAUUCAAUAAAAAUGAUUUGUUAAUGAA